AUGGGUGCUGCUCUUACUACCAUAAUUGGUGAACAAAAAUUAAUUUCUCUCGUUUGGUUUUCGGGCUUUUCAUCUACUAAUCAAGACAGAGACAGCGGUAAAAAACAGGUUCCAGUCACAACAUUACGAGAUCAUAUUAAUUCGAAUAUCAAAUAUUCGAAAAUAUUUACCGAUGUUCAAGAGUGUCAAACCUACAUCCAACGUAUAAAAAAUGAACGUAUUAUGCUUGUAUUGGCGGAUGUUAAAGGUCCAUUUUUUGAUUUGGAUUCGCUUUUGGCACGUAUCAAAAGCGAUAUCUAUCGGUAUGAACGAAUCGAAGAAUAUGUGUCAAUGAACAUUCUCGAAAUGGGCCAUCGUCCGGAUCAGUCAUCAACCGAUCUGAACGGAACGUUUCUUCAUUCUCAACUAUUGAUGGGCGUUCUUCAUCGAAUGCCGUCGUUGUACCCGUCACUAGAUAUAUUAGAGUUUGUCGACUAUUGUCAACAAGCUUAUGAAGGAAAUGCGGCCGAACUCAGAAUUAUCGAGCAGUUCAAGCAAACCUAUUGCAGAGAGCGAGCCCUGUGGUGGUACAGUCGUGAAUCGAUGUUCUAUCGUCUUCUCAAUAAGGCUCUGCGUGUACAAAAUAUCGAAUUGCUCUUCGUCACACGUUUCUUCAUUCGAGAUAUUUAUCAUGGACUCGUUGAACUUCAACAUGAGCAAGCUGCAAACAAUUCACAAAGCACUCGCCGCGUUUAUCGAGGCCAAUUGUUGUCAAAUGAAGAACUCGAUUUUUUUCGUAAUUCAAUAGGCAAUCUCAUUUCGAUGAAUUCUUUUCUUUCAACAAGCACCGAUCGAGAACUGACUUUGUUCUUGGUUGAAAGUUUAACAGUUCCUGGAAGCAAUUUAAAAGCCGUCCUCUUUGAAAUUGAUGCCCAUCCUGGAGUCGAUCCUUUGCGACCGUUUGCCGAUAUACGGGCCAAGAGUCAUAUACCAACGGAAAGUGAAAUUCUGUUUGCAUUCGGAACGAUAUUUCGCCUUGAGCGCAUUUAUGAUGAAAAUAAUGUUUGUAUUAUUUAUCUAGUUACUGGUAGCGAUUUGGGAGAGAAAAAUCUAACAAAGUUGCUCGAAUGUAUGAGAAAAGAAAUAGGGACAGAAAACGAUCUACUAACAUUAGGUGAUGUUUUAUGCAAAUCAGGCAAGUUCGAUGAAGCCGAACAUUUUUAUCGUCGACUUCUGCGUGAAUUACCUGCCGAUGAUCCGAAUGUACCUUACUGCUUUCAGGCACUCGGUGGCCUGGCAGCCGAGCAAGGAGAAUAUGACAAUGCCAUUGUCGAGCAUAAAAAAGCACUUGAUAUUUGGUCCCGAACGCUUGCUCACGAUCAUCCAUCGAUUGCAGCCAGUUACCUUAAUCUUGGUAUAACUUAUGAUCAAAAGGGUAAAAAACAUCUGGCUAUAGAAGCUUAUACACAAGCUCUGAGUAUGUUCAAGCAGUUAUUUGGCGACGAAAAUGAACAUGUGGCCGCUUGUUUUACCAACUUGGCUUCAGUUUAUGAACAGCAAAAGAUGUACGAACGUGCCCUCCUCUAUCAUCAAGAUGCACUGAUAAUUCAGGAAGCUAUUCUUCCUGCAAAUCACGAACAAUUGGGCACAUCUUAUCACAAUAUAGCCAUUGUUCAUACACAUCUAGAACAGUUUGACUUGGCUUUGACUCAUUGUAAACGUGGACUUGAGAUGAGACUUGCAUCAUUUCCAUCUGACCAUUGGCGGGUAGCCUCAUCUUACGAAGGUUUUGGUUGUAUCUAUGCCGAAAUGGGUAACCACGAACAAUCUUUAACUUACCUACAAAAGACCUUGACCAUCUAUCAAAAGCAUUUUCCAGCCUACCAUCCCGAUGUAAGACGGACAAAAAUCUCCAUUCAAGCUGUCAAGGGGCACAGCUUGGGAUAG